CUUGUGCUGAGAAGAUCUCCUUGGAUAUUCUCAUACAGUUUUCGCGCUGGUUUAUUUCCGUGCAGUUUCCAACACCUGCCCGGUGCUUUGGCACUUGUUUCUGGUUUGAGUGCCCAGAGAUUUUCGGCUACUUGGAUAGUUGUUGUUCCGUGUACCUGAGGUUCUGAUCAACUCCCGUGCAGUUGGCGGAGGCAUCUAACCGCUGUACAAGAUGCGAGGGAAUUGGGAAGAAGCGGAGCCGAGGGCUCUGGCUCCCGGUUCGCGUCGACGAAGAGCUAACUCGACGUUCACACAUCAGCAAUCGCCGCCACCGCCGUCGUUGCCUGCCGUGCCAUCCGUAGACAGCAGAGCGGCACCUCAGACCUCGCGGCAGAGUCAGCAGCAGGAGGCCGCAGCUUGCCCCCAAACCACGCCCGCCUGGACCAAUAUAGUGAAGGAGGAGCCGCAAGAAGAGAGAAACAAUGACUCAGGCAUCUCGCCGGGACACUACACGAGCGAUACGGCUUCGUCGCACAGCGACCGCUCGACGAUCGCUGGCACGCACUCCUUGUCCCCGGACAGCGGGACCAGCGCGUCGCCCGAGCCCGGACCAUCGGGAAUCGUCCGCCACGUCGCAAACACCAUCCACUACGACUAUGCCCGUCAUGUCAACCACGACGGCGCCGGCUGCAGCGAUGACACCUCCAGUCCCGAAGACCUGAGUCGCGGCGCGUCCGUGUCGCCGUCUCAACAGGACGACUUCAAUUACGAGGGCGACGAUAUCGAAUUUGACGAGAGCAUCGAGCAUCCCAUUGUCAACUCGCAGGGGAAGAUCAAGAUUUACCGUUGCAAGCAGUGCACAUUUUUUGCCGUCACCAAGUGCGACUUUUGGACGCACAACAAAAUCCACAUAAAACCGGAAAAGGUGCUGUCGUGUACCAAGUGUCCGUUUGUCACGGAAUACAAACACCAUCUCGAAUAUCAUAUACGGAAUCAUUUCGGUUCCAAGCCCUACAAGUGUGACAAGUGCAGUUAUACGUGUGUGAAUAAGUCAAUGCUUAAUAGCCAUCUUAAGUCACACUCGAAUGUCUACCAGUUUAGAUGUUCGGACUGCACUUAUGCCACUAAGUACUGCCACUCUCUUAAGCUUCAUCUCAGGAAAUAUAAUCACAAGCCUGCCAUGGUACUGAACGCCGACGGUACGCCGAAUCCGUUGCCCAUCAUCGACGUCUACGGCACUAGACGCGGACCCAAAGCCAGACCCCAGCCUGCGCCAACAUCAUGCUCUGCGCAAGUACAACAGCAGCAACAGCAACAACAGCAGCAGCAACGACAGCAACGACAACAGCAAUAUAGACAACGACAGCAACAAUAUAGACAACGACAACGACGACAGCAACAGCAACAAGAGCAGCAGCAACCGGAACAAGAAAGCGAACAACAACAACAGCAGCAGUUCCAGCUUCAGCUGCAGUUGCAGCUACAAUUGCAGCAACAACACCAGCUGCAGCAGCAGCAGCAGCAGCAGCAACAUCAGUUCCAGUUGCAGCAACAGCAGCAACAGGGCUUGGUACCGCCAAUUCCGCAGCCGCAACCACCAAUACCCGAUAACGUUAUGGGCAACCUGCUGCCGCAGUUGGUCGCGCCGGCGCUCCCGGUUCCAUUCCAAUUCAACGUGAACGACCUAGCCGCCUCGCUCGCCAGCGUCAAUACAUUGCCGGUCGCGUCAACUGCCGUGCCAUUCCUCGAUUUCUCUGAUCUUUUGAGCAGACUACCCCUUGCCACCAAUCCAUUCGCUGCUAUCGCUACCAGCAGCGCUGCCAUUGCCGCCGACAGCAUUGCCGCUGUCCCUGCCACUGAUAGUGUCCCUGCUGGUGCCAGUACCGAUGCCACUGCCAGCGCCACCGCCACCGCCACCGCCACCGACACCGACACCGUCACCGCCACCCCCAUCGCCACUGCCACUGCCACCGCCACGGCUGCGGCCACUGACACCAACAACAACCAGGAUGACAGCGCCGAGUCACAACCGCUGGACUACACCAUGCAGGCGAUGCUACGAGCCACCAGCGCGACGGAGGACACCGACAACCACCAAAUAUCGCCGGCCGGCAACGAUUCUGAGAGCGCAUCUUCGUCCGGCACCAGUGAUGCGCCGGUCGACCUCACCGACAACCAACAUAGCGACCAGCCACUCGACCUCACCCUAUCCAAAUCCGAUAAGCCAAAGCCAAAGCCAAAGCCCGCUAGCAGCCACCGUCGGAAGGGCCGUGCGGUCAAACUGGAUCGUCAGGUCUUAGACGAGGACUCCGAUAAGGACAUGACUGCCUCAUAGUUCGAGAUUUUCUCAUUGGCAGAAGAAGCUGAUAUAUAUGUAUAUAUAUUGAAAUUCGUGUGUUCAUUUGAAAAGCGUUGCAGCGUUUUACUUUGAUAUUAGCGGUUUACUUGAAAUGUAAAUAAUUGAGGCGUACGGACAAUUGUGCACGGUUUUACGGUACACAUACACUAUUGUGCAUGAUAACAUGGUACGAAUGAAUUGUUGCACAUGUUACUGUGCACGAUAAUUUAUGCGUACAAAGAAGCCGUGCACAAUUGUCCGCACGCCACUUGUGAAUACCUUGUAAAUGAUGUAUAAAAUAUUUCAUACCUUUUUAUUUUACAUAUUAGUGAAAACAUUCUACCAGCGAAAUGUACGUAUUUUUGAAAAUAGAAAAAUACUCUUGUUGCUUUCAAAGUCGAAUCAACAAAACGCUUGUAAAUGUCAGUAUAAUGUUCAUUGUAGAUCUAAGGUAGAUAAUAAAGAGA